UGUGUGUAGGACGAAAUUGGAAACAGCAAAUACUUUUCCCAACAAUUCACUGAAAAGAGAAACACUGGACUUGAGGAUCAAAUGUUGUUUCCAUGAGAAAGAGGAUGCGUGUGGACUGGUGAACUAAGAGAUGGUGAGAUGCAUGACAGAGAAUGUCAGUAUGUGGACGUUGCUUGUGUGAAUGGAUGUGAGCAACUAGUAAUGCGAAGAAACAUGGAUAAUCAUGUAGCAAAUCAGUGUCCUCAACGACUGAUCUCUUGCAAGCAUUGUAACAUCAUUGUGAAACAAGUAGAAAUGGAAGAUCAUUAUGAAGAGUGUGACCAGUUUCCUAUAGACUGUACAUACAAGUGUGGCAUGAUAGUACAAAGACGUCGAAUGGAAUAUCAUAUUGGCAGGCAGGAAACAUGUUCAAAGAGUCUUCUUGAUUGUGAUUUCAAAGACAAUGGCUGUCAAUUUCAAGGAUAUCGUCAUGAUUUAUGCAAACACGUUGAAAACAACAUUGGUUUGCAUCUUAGUUUGAUUGCUAGUGCACUGAAAGAAACAAAGGAGAAAUCAGCAGCUAGUGAACUGAAAUUAAAACACAAACUGAAUAAUGCAAAAGGAGAACUAAAAGCUACUAAAGAUGAACUGGAAGAAACUAGAAAAGAACUGACCGUAGCUACAGCAAAAAUUUCUGAAGAGAUCCAUAGAAGGUGUCUGUCUCUUUCACCACAGAUACCAGAAGAAUUUUUGUACACUUGCACUAUAACAAAUUGGCAUGAGAAGAUGAAACCUUUAGACAACGAUGUGCUGUGUAGCAAGCCAUUCUACGUUCAUCCUGGGUAUCACUUGUGUAUUAACGUUUAUCCAAACUGUGAGAAUGCUGACAGCAGAGGUUAUCUUGGUCUAUAUCUAUUUUCAACUAAUGGUGAUUUUGACUAUGAAGUCAAAUGGCCAUUUCCCUUUUCUUGUGACUUAAAACUUAUAGACCAACAAGUUGCGAGGAAAAAUAUUUGCAAGGAAUUAUCACCACCAUAUGGAAAUGCACUGACAUCUUCUACAUGUGGUAUCGAUUCUGGUUAUAGAAAAUAUGUUUCUCAUGAGAUAUUGCAGUCACGUUGUUACAUCAAAAAUAAUUCAAUUUGCUUACAACUGCAGGUUCAUCUCAAGAUUAGAGAUGAUCAUGACUGACAAAUGCAAUGUUUGAACUUUAUACUGAUGCUGUUUAGUUGCUUUGUUACUACUAGAGGAUGGGUCUA